AGGCGCACAGUUGCACACACCGCCGCCUGAAGCAGUGACACACGUCCCGUCACUCAAUUGGUUUUUCUUUCUCUCAGUUAAAUAAACAAUAUUAUCUCUCGUCCUUGUUAAGUGGAGCCCAAGGUAUGGUUUUAUGGUAAUUUGGAUAAUUCCACAAUUAAUGUCUAUUGUUUUAAUAAUUUGUUCCAGUUCCUUGUAGAACAAAAAAAAAAAGCCUUUACUUUAGACGCUCAUUCACUUUAGUUAUGUUAAAUAUUGUGUGAUCUUUGAUUACGUGUGCUCUACGCGAAUUUAAGCAAACUUACUUUCUCUUUCUCUUUCCCUGUCGCUACCUCCUCGGUUGAGUGAGUAUAAAUCUCCAGAAAAAAAGAAAAAAGAUCAUCCAUGGGAAUGGGAGAGAGAAUCUAAUAGAGCAGUUAGGGUUUGCGAUAUUUUAGGCGUGUGUCGGUAUAGUUUGAUCUCAAAGAUUAAAAAAAAAAAGAAGGGACGAGGGAGGGUUUUGUUUUGUCUUGGAAGCUCUGGUUUAUGUUAGAUCGUCUCGUCGAGGAGUGAAGAAAAGGGAAAAAAGAAUGAGAAAGUCGUUCAAGGAUUCACUCAAAGCUCUCGAAGCUGAUAUCCAGUUCGCCAACACCCUGGCAUCUGAGUAUCCAGAGGAGAAUGAUGGCGGGUUCGUUCAGAUGAGACUGUCAUACAGCCCCGCGGCUCACCUCUUUCUCUUUCUUGUUCAGUGGACUGAUUGUCAUUUCGCUGCCUCUUUGGGUUUGCUUAGAAUCCUUAUUUAUAAGGCAUAUGUUGAUGGGAAGACCACAAUGUCGCUUCAUGAACGGAAAGCUAGUAUCAAAGAGUUCUACGAUGUGUUGUUUCCUUCGCUAUUGCAACUUCACGGAGGGAUAAACGAUGUAGAAGAAAGGAAACAAAAGGAGAUAUGCGACAAAAGAUACCGGAGAACAGAGAAAGGAAAGAUGUCGGAGGUGGAUUUGGAGAGGGAGGAAGAGUGUGGCAUUUGCUUGGAGAUUCGCAAUAAAGUUGUUCUUCCUACUUGCAAUCAUUCCAUGUGUAUAAAUUGCUACCGAGACUGGCGUUUGAGGUCACAGUCGUGCCCGUUCUGUCGAGGGAGCUUGAAAAGAGUGAAUUCUGGGGAUCUAUGGGUUUACACUUCGAGCAGAGAGACUGUGGAGUUACCGGAGAUAUACAAGGAGAAUGCGAAGAGGCUAUUAAUGUACAUUGACAAACUGCCUCUCGUUGCUCGUGACCACCCAACUCUUGUUCCUUACUCUCCUGUUCCUCGCUGAACAUCCUGCCUCUCUCUCUUUAAUUAGCUUGUCUCAUCUUCUUCUGCACAUAAGCAUUUCUAAUCUCUAUAUUUUUGUAAAUAAAAUUUAUGUUUCUUUGGGGGGGGGGGGGGGGGGGGGGUUUCUUUUCAGUUUUUCUGCAGUCUCUGAUUUGAAUUUGGCAAUUUGUUAUUUGUAUUAUGACAACCUCCUCUUGUUAUUUUAAAUCAGAUAUGAAAAAAUGGAUUUUAAAUCUUC